AUGGAUGACAUGGAGGAUCCGCGCUUCCUAGCUGCGAUAGAGGCAUCGCGCAAAGAGGCCCGCAUGGGUUCCUGCCCAGCACCUCCGCCGCCAGACUGGGUGGUGGACUUGACCCAUGACUCUGAUUCAGAUAUCGAAGAGGUGUUUCCUAAAUCGAAAUCUGUUGUGAGCUCAUCACCCGAUCCUAUGGAUGCUGACCAUGAUGACUAUGACGAAACGGAGUUGCAAAAGGCUCUUGCACUCUCAGUGGAGCCUAAUGCCGCUUCUCCUAUGUCUGAAGACAGCAGAACCGUCUCCGAGAUUAGCAAAAGCAAGGAACCUGCAACGCUUCCCUCGGUUCCCUUUACUGGAAUACAGGGUUUGGAUCGCAAGAAGAUGGAAGAAGAGCGUCUGGCUCGCCUCGCCAGUCGAAAAGCCCAGGAAAGCGGACCUAGUCCCACCAAACAACUCAAAAGGAAGGCUGAAGACAGUCUUGACACACCUGUCCAAUCCAGGCGCAAGGUCGAAGCUGCUUUGCCGGCUGUUGACAAUCGCACAGCUGAGAAUGAGGUGGUUGACCUUGAUUGCUUAAAAAUUGCGACAAACAAUGCAGAGGCCAGUUCAGUGGUAAACAACUCCUCACAACUGGAGAACACCACGUCCGCAACAACUGCAAGAAACCCCCCAACCGGCAGAACAAUGAAUAGUCGACUUGCCUCUGCUAUCUGUCGUCGAUAUGAUUCAAAUGCACCAGAUGUCAAGAUCUGGCCAACUUCUCGUCCCCUAGCACAGUGGCCUCUCGGGGCUAUCAAAAAGACAUACAUUGCAGGGUUCCCUCGCGUCGGAACGGAAAUCACUAUUGAGGAGGUCAUUCAGCGAGAUGACUUGCAACUAGCGGUCUUCAGUGGCUUUAUGUGGGAGAUGGAAUGGUUCUUCAAAAAGCUCGACACCGCUUCCACGCGCUUCGUUCUGAUGAUGCAAGCCAACGACCAAGAGACGAAAGAUGAAUAUCUUAAUGAUGUCGCGGCAAUUCCCAACCUUCGUCUGUGCUUCCCACCAAUGGAACCCCAAGUAUUUUGUAUGCAUUCCAAACUGAUGCUACUAUUCCACGCGGAUUAUCUCCGCAUUGCGAUCCCAACCGCAAACCCGACUUCGACAGACUGGGGCGAGAAUGGUCUUAUGGAAAACACUGUCUUCCUCAUUGAUCUCCCGAAGAUCGAUAUUCCGCUAAGUGAGGUUCAGAAGACGAGUGAGACUCACAAUACUCAGUUCUACACGGAGCUGGUAUACUACCUCGAGGCCUGCACUCUACACUCGAAUAUCAUUGAUAAGCUCAAGGGCUUUGACUUUACAGAGACCAAACGAUAUGCGUUUGUGCAUUCAAUUGGUGGCUCCAACACCGGGGAGAGGUGGAAACGCACUGGAUGCAGUGGCCUAGGUCUCGCUUUACAGAAUCUUGGUCUCGCCACUGAGUCCAAGCUCAACAUCGACUACAUCGUGGGUGUCCUUCGCCCAUCCUAUGUGCUUUCACUAAUGAUGACCAGACAUCCUCGAUGGGCAGUCUCAACGCUCAAUUCAUACGGUCUAUGGGAUGACGGUACCAAAGACUACGAACUCCGCACUGGUUCCAAGAAAGACCCCGAACGGAAACGCAUGUCCGAGCGGCUCAAUGCCGAAGCCUUAGCCAGAAUGCGCGUCUAUUUCCCUUCGGACCAGACCGUAAACGAGGCACACGAGCACCCGAACCACACUGCAGGUACCAUCUGCUUCAAUGCGAGGUGGUGGACCAACCCUGCGUUCCCUCGAGCUUUGCUUCGCGACUGCGAGAGUGAGCGUGGUGUUUUAAUGCACAACAAGAUCGCAUUUGUUCGCCCUGCGAAACCGAUCAACCUGGAUGAGAAAACAGAGUGCUCGGCCUGGGCAUAUGUCGGCAGUGCUAACUUGUCCGAGAGUGCAUGGUAUUUAAUUGUCCACCAUCCCGCUCAACCCCCACUAAACAGAGAUAGGGGCCGUCUCGUCAAGGACUCAACUACCAAGAAUUUGAAAAUGAAUUGCCGCAACUGGGAAUGCGGAGUGAUUGUCCCCAUCCGCAGCGAGAAGAAGCCACACAGCCCCAGUGCCGAGAGCGAGUCUGCUCCUUUCCCAACUGAACACUUCCAGGACAUCAUUCCAGUUCCGAUGCGAGUACCUGCUGCUCCUUUGUCUGAGACGCGCAAGCCUUUCUUUUUCGGUGUCUGA